AUGUCCAAACGCACGGCAUCCGAGUCUUAUGAUGAACCUACCCCAAAAUGUGUCAGGAAUCAUGAAGAGGCCAUCAAUGAAGAGGUGGAAGUAUCGAAGUACUUCUUAGAUCAUCGUCCUUUAACUCACGUGCUUCAAUCCCGGCUGCCAACGCAGCCAGAUUACGACCCUUUCCCUGAGCCUGAAUCUCUUCAAAUUGGUGACGAGAUAGAAGUGUGUGCAGGAGAGUACAUGGGGAAAUGCGGGAUCGUGGUGUGGUUUCCUGUGGGGGGGACCAUGCUGUGGUUCCGUACUAGUGACAAUAUCAAGGAUCAGCUUAUCAAAGUCCCCGCAGCAUGUGUACAACACAUUCGACCCUUCAAGACUCUCCUCUUUACCAAGGAAAGAGGUUAUGACAUUAAGCCCAGAGACAUUGUGACUGUCGCCCGUGGGCCAGAGUUCCAGAUGAAAGGGGUUGUGCAAAGCGUGGAUUUUUUAAAUGUGUGCUUGACCCUGAUAUCUGAGAGUAAUCACUCACUUGUUAAAGUUCCUAUCGGAUUCGUCAUGAAAGUAUCCAACGUGAACCCGGACUCAUUUUGCAAUAUCAUUGGGAAAAAGGUUUUCAUCAUUAAAGGUCCUUGGAAGGGUUACAGGGCAAUGCUAUACCAGCUCGCUCACGAUGAAUGCUCCAUUUCUUUACCCGGGCAAGCGCGUAUCACAAUCAAAUGUGAGGAGGUUGCUACUAGCAAGACCCCUCCACCUGACCCUGUAGUCCCACCCGAACUUGGCUCCAGCAAGUGGUCUGACUGGUCCAGCCAUAACAAUAUUGAUUUGACAGAUGGUGUCAAGACAUACAACCCUUGGGUUGCUAACAAUGCAGAGGAUGUCAAGGACGCAAUUGCAGACAGAAUGGAGAAGCUCCGAAAAGGCAGCCCGUUAUCUUGGUUGAUGAACAAAGAGUUUGCAUUGAAGUUAACUGAGUAUCAUGUGGUGUUUAAAGUUUCACCAAGUUUCAUGGGAGGCAGGCUGCACAAUUGUUUUGUGUCGACAGCUUGUCCUGACCCGUUCUGUGGUAACAAUGGACCCGCACCUGAUGGCUACGUCGCGACUCUGCUCAUUCCUUCCUCCGUCCGACUUGAGUUAUCCUCUCGUCGACCUCCGCUCAUCUUAGGAUUGAUUCCUAUAGACUUGUCACCUCCGCCUCUACCUUUGUCUUACCUCUCAUUCCCGAAUGUCUGCCGGAAUUCCCAUGCAUCGGACAUCGGACUCCAGACAUCACCCGACGCCCUCCGGACAUCAUCCGGUAACCUUCGGACAUUGUUCGACAGCCUUCAGGAAGUUAGGGGCACGUACUCGGGUAAGGGGCGCAGUGCACAAGCUGAAGCCAAGCCCUUCGGAUUUGACCCUUGA